CCGGGGUGUCAGCUUGUAGCCUGCCUUUGUCUGCUUGAGCAGAAACCCUUUUUUUUUCUGUGAGCUGAUUAUUUCCAAACUUGAAGGAACUGCUGCAGGUAAGGUUCAAGGUUACAGGAUUUAGGUAAGAACUUAAUAUUGCUGCAAAUAAUCUCGGGAGCAGAGGAGAGCGGCGGGCUGGACGCAGGGAAGGCGAUGGCAGUGGCUCCAGAGAGGCUGUGGCAGGGGAACAUUGGCAGAGCCGUGGCAGGGGAAGCCCAAAUGCAUUCCGUGCUCCCACCUGUGUCCAGGCCUUUGAAGAGAACCCACAACAUGUUUUUAGCUGAUUAUGCCAAGCCUACCCUGUGGGAUGAGGAAAGUCACAGGGUGAGUAAGGCACCCAAGCUGCACCCGCAGUACAGGCCAGCGCUGCACAUGCCCACGCUGCAAGAGAACCUGAGGGAGAGCAGAGGCCCCAGCAGCGUGUGGGAUCCCUAUGGACACAAACAGCCCUCUGGACGGCAAGGACAAGGAGCUGAGUAUGAGGUAAGUGCUGGAGGCCCGUGCCCACCUGGACCUGGUGUGCCUAGGGCAGCGUACGCGGAUGUGUGGAGGAUGCCGAGUGAAUCUGCAGCCCCAUCCUCAGCUGCAGCUCCUCCUGCUCCCCAGCACAUGGAUGCAAACUGGAGAGCCCCUGGUGUGGGUGGCCUUUACAGGCAUGCUGGAAUAUCUCAGCAUUCACAGCCUUCUGUGGCUGUGGGGGAAGCUGGUGGAUACAGAAUUCCUCCAUUAAUACCAAGGAGGGCUCCAACCAUGCCCAAACCUCAGUGGCAUCCACCUUGGAAACUCCACAGAGUUAUCAGAGUUCACCUGAAAAGUGUGAGAUGUAUUGCAGUAGAACCAGGAAAUCGGUGGUUUGUUACUGGCUCUGAUGACAGAACCAUCAAGAUUUGGGACCUUGCUAGUGGCAUACUGAAACUGUCUUUCAAGGGACACAACAGUGUCGUCCGAGGGGUGGCAGUCAGUGCAAGAAGUCCAUAUGUCUUUUCCUGUGGAGGAUACGGGGAGGUGCAGUGCUGGGACCUUGAAUACAAUAAGAUUAUCAGACAUUACCGCGGUCAUGUAACCACUGUCUAUGGCUUAGACUUGCGUCCCACAACAGAUGUGCUGGUGACGUGUGGCCGAGACACAACAGUCCGGGUGUGGGAUCCACGGACAGAGGCCAGCGUGCAAACGCUGUCAGGGCACACAAGUGCAGUAGCAACCGUGAAGUGCCAGGCUGAAGAACCACAAAUCAUUACAGGCAGCCACGACACCACCGUGCGGCUCUGGGACCUGGUGGCAGCAAGAGCUCGAGUGACUCUGACAGAUCACCAGAAAUCUGCAAGAGCAGUAGUGCUGCAUCCCAGGUAUUACACGUUUGCAUCUGCUGCUCCAGACCAGAUUAAGCAGUGGAAACUCCCAUAUGGAGACUUCAUUCAGGACCUCUCUGGUCACAAGGCUCUUAUAAACGCGCUGGCUGUGAAUUCUGAUGGUGUUCUGGCCUCGGGAGGUGCCGAUGGUUCUGUGCACCUUUGGGACUGGAGAAGUGGAUACAAUUUCCAGAGAAUACAGGCACCUGUGCAGCAGGGUCCUUCCGCAAUAUUUGCUUGUGCUUUUGACCAGACAGGGACCACAUUGCUGACAGCUGAAUCUGAUAAAACCAUAAAGGUAUACAAGGAAGAUCAUACUGCGACUGAAGCAACCCAUCCUUUCAGCUGCGAGCCAAAAGCUGGCAAGAAAACAGAUUUUAGUGCUGCAAGAUACUAAUUCUCUUGUUUUGAUGCUAUUUUAACAUGUUUUAUAUUAAAUUGUAUUUUUUUAUUUCAGCUUGUAUUGUACUAAAUUGUAUUUU